AUGGAACAGAACAAUGAAACAUCUGAGGGAGAUUUUGUCUUGCUCGGAUUCUCAGAUCAGCCCCAACUGGAGCUCAUCCUUUUUGUGGUGGUUUUGGUCUCCUACCUUCUGACAAUAGUUGGCAACUCAGCCAUCAUCCUGGUGUCCCUCCUGGACGCCAAACUCCAGACACCCAUGUAUUAUUUCCUCACCAAUCUCUCCUUUAUUGACCUUGGCUUAACCACGAGUAUCAUCCCUCAGUUACUGUGGAAUUUGAAGGGACCAUCCAAGACCAUCUCCUGGACUGGCUGCGCCAUCCAACUCUACGUGUGUUUGUCCCUGGGUUCCACGGAAUGUGUCCUCCUGACUAUCAUGGCAUUUGAUCGCUAUGUAGCUGUGUGCAAACCUCUCAAUUACACCACCAUCAUGCACCCCUCCUUCUGCAAGGCCCUAGCAGCAGUGGCAUGGGUGAGUGGAGUCGGGAACACUCUCAUCCAAAGCACCAUCACCCUUCAGCUUCCUCGAUGUGGACACCAUCGUCUGCAACACUUCUUAUGUGAGGUGCCUGUCUUGGUCAAGUUGGCUUGUGUAAACAUACAUGCAAAUGAGGUCCAGCUUUUUGUGGCCACACUAGUUCUCAUCCUUAUUCCUAUGUCACUGAUACUGCUCUCCUAUGGCCUCAUUGUGCAAGCAGUGACAAAACUGAAGUCAGCCCAAGCUUGGCGCAAGGCACUUGGGACCUGUGGCUCUCAUCUAAUCGUGGUGUCCUUCUUCUUUGGGACCAGCUCGGUCAUAUACAUCAAACCACAGAAAUACUAUGGCUAUGUUGAGGGAAAGUAUCUCACACUCUUCUAUAGUGUUGCGACUCCCACCCUCAACCCCCUCAUAUAUACGCUGAGGAACAAGGAUGUGAAAGGAGCUCUGAGGAGAUUGUUCAGAAGAGAACCCAGUGCCUAA